GCGUUGCGAUGGCCGACUCGCUGCCGUCGAUCGACCACCUCGUCAAGACGAGCGCCAAGCGCGCCCACAGCCUGUUUGCCGCCGAGCAGGCCUUCGUCGUGACGGACGACGCCCAGUCGAGGAGCACCAAGAUCCGUCUCGCGAGCAAGAUCGACGCAGAGUACCGCAACGCCAAGGUCCUCCCCGCCGCCCUCCUCGCACAGCAGAAGGGCGGUGCCGGCCCUGCUCGCCCGGGCCCUGCGCCGGCAGCACCUGGCAUGAAGAUGAUUGCAGGCCCGAUGGCGCAGACGGUCGAGCAGCUCAGCUCUCAAGCCCUCACGACCACCGGCUCGGCGCCUGCCCCCGUCUCGCACGCCCAGCCGACCCUCCUCUCCCAAUCCCUCAUCCGCCGCCGCGAGGCCCGCCAGGUCAAGCCCGACUACCACGCCAACUGGAAGCUCACUCGCGUCAUCUCGGGCCACCUCGGCUGGGUGCGGGCAGUCGCUGUCGAGCCGGGCAACAAGUGGUUCGCGACGGGUGCGGGCGACCGGGUCAUCAAGAUCUGGGACUUGGCGUCGGGCGAGCUCAAGCUGUCGCUCACGGGCCACAUCUCGACCGUGCGCGGCCUCGCCGUCUCGUCGCGGCAUCCCUACCUCUUCUCGUGUGGCGAGGACAAAAUGGUCAAGUGCUGGGACUUGGAGACGAACAAGGUCAUUCGGCAUUACCACGGCCACCUUUCGGGCGUCUACUCUCUCGCGCUGCACCCGACGCUCGACGUCCUCGUCACGGCCGGUCGCGACGCGUCGGCGCGAGUGUGGGACAUGCGGACAAAGUCGCAGGUGCACAUCCUCACGGGCCACACGGCCACCAUCUCGGACGUCCAGUGCCAGGAGAGCGACCCGCAGGUCAUCACGGGCUCGAUGGACUCGACCGUUCGCCUGUGGGACCUCGCCGCCGGCAAGACGAUGACGACCCUGACGCACCACCACAAGUCGGUGCGCUCGAUCGCGAUCCACCCGACCGAGUACUCGUUCGCGUCGGCGUCGGCCGGCGGGAACAACAUCAAGAAGUGGGCCUGCCCGAACGGCACGUUCGUCCACAACUUCAGCGGCCACGACGCCAUCAUCAACAGCGUGUCGGUCAACCACGACGGCGUCUUCUUCUCUGGCGGCGACAAUGGCUCGAUGACGUGGUGGGACUACAAGACGGGCCUGCCGUUCCAGACCGAGCAGGACAAGCCGCAGCCGGGCUCGCUCGACGCCGAGAGCGGCAUCUUCUGCUCGACGUUCGACCAGACGGGCACCCGUCUGAUCGUCGGGAAUGCGGACAAGACGAUCAAGGUCUACUCGGAGCAGUCGUGAGGAGGAGCAGGAGGGGGCGUCCCUCGCCGACUCGGGCUCGAGCGGGGCUGUACUUUGAGGUGAAUGUGCGCAGGUGUCCAUGCAGUGUACGCUGUGCCAGUUCUGCG